AUGAUCCUUGACUCCUUAUUAAUCUUGUUGAUGGUAACGACCCGUUGUCUAUCCUUCAUCAAGGGAGUGGAAUCGUUGCAAGUGAGAGCAACAUACGUAUGCAGAACGUCGUCGUCCCUCUCAGCUGGUGCAGAACGGAAAUCGUCGCGAAGUCGGAGGAAAGAAAGGAAGGAUAACCAACCAACAGUAGAUCUAGAAUGGGAGAGAUUUGACUUUUCACAGUCACCGAAAUGGGACAGGAGGUUCACUGGAGAUGGUUUGCAUGUGGCAUCCAACACUGAUGAUUGGGAAGCAAUUGCAAAAAUUGAAGCUGAGUACGAUGUCGCACUACAAAAAGACUUUGAGAGACGUCAUGAACUCUGGAAUAGUUUAGACGAUGAGCUUGUGUUGAAAGCUACACAAGCUUUGGUACCCUUUAUUCAAGAAGAAAGGUGGAAUCGAAUCCAAUCGAUUAUGCUAGAGAGGACUCAACAAACAAAAUUCUUGUUCGAAAACGUAUCUAAUCCAUCCAACUGUUUCGCUUGUCUGCGUACAAUUGAUUCCUUCGGAAUGCAAAAUGUUGAUUUGGUCAUGCAGUCUGGCCAAUAUCAAGGAAAAGCGGCUUUAAAUCAGAAGAGAGGCAUGAGGACCGCUGCAGGUGCUGCGAAGUGGCUGACAAUCAGGAACCAUCUUAGUACAGAACUGGCAUUGAAUAAAAUGAAACAGAAUGGCUAUCACAUCAUGUGCACCGAUGUGAAUCCAGAGUCAAAAGAUAUCAGAGAGAUUGACUGGGAUGCAUCUGGGAAGAAAAUUUGCAUUGUGAUGGGGAACGAAGAGCGCGGAGUGUCAGGCGUGGCAAAAACGAUGUCUGAUGAAUCCUUCUACAUUAAUAUGUGUGGUAUGGCGGAAUCAUUCAACUUGAGCGUCGCAACAGCAAUUAUAUGCGCCCAUAUGAGUGCUGCAAGCAAGGACGGAAAAGGACCGCUCCGCCCAGGAGAUUUAUCAAAGGAAGAGUAUAACACGUUGCUUCUGAAGGGUGUAUUGAAUAGCAUGAAACCAAAGCUUGCUCGGGCUUUGUUGACGAAAAAUGGAGUCGAGUUGCCAAAAGAACUUAACAUAUCGUAG